CCGCCCCCGGGGGCAGGGGAGGGGUAGGCGGCGCGGAAACUUGGCCGCGGCUUUCCGGGAGCUGUGACUCGGGAGGGGGUGGCGCAGGAGCGGUCGCUACCCAGUCGGGACCAGGCCGCCGGCUUCGCCGAGCUCCGCGCGCUCCUCCCGCCCCCGGGCUCGCGCUCUUGGAAGGGGCGCGCCCGCGCGGACCCGCGCUCCCGUCGCCGCCCACUCCCCUCCCCGCGGCCGCCCCUCCCUCCGCCCGGACAGCCGGCGGUGGCGGCGGCGGCGGUGGCGGCCGGGAGAGGCCCCUCCUUCACGCCCUCCUUCUUUCCCUCGCUCGCAGCGGAGCGGAGCCGGCGGACGCGGCUGGGCCCCCAACCCUCCCCGGGCCAUGGCCGGCAACGUGAAAAAGAGCUCCGGGGCCGGGGGCGGCGGCGGCUCCGGGGGCUCGGGCUCCGGCGGCCUGAUCGGGCUCAUGAAGGACGCCUUCCAGCCGCACCACCACCACCACCACCACCUCAGCCCCCACCCGCCGGGCACCGUGGACAAGAAGAUGGUGGAGAAGUGCUGGAAGCUCAUGGACAAGGUGGUGCGAUUGUGUCAGAACCCAAAGCUGGCGCUAAAGAAUAGCCCACCUUAUAUCUUAGACCUGCUGCCAGACACCUACCAGCACCUCCGCACUGUCUUGUCAAGAUAUGAGGGGAAGAUGGAGACCCUUGGAGAAAAUGAGUAUUUUAGGGUGUUCAUGGAGAAUUUGAUGAAGAAAACUAAGCAGACCAUAAGCCUCUUCAAGGAGGGGAAAGAAAGAAUGUAUGAGGAGAAUUCUCAGCCUAGGCGAAACCUAACCAAGCUAUCCCUGAUCUUCAGCCACAUGCUGGCAGAACUAAAAGGAAUCUUUCCGAGUGGACUCUUUCAAGGAGACACAUUUCGGAUUACGAAAGCAGAUGCUGCAGAAUUUUGGAGGAAAGCUUUUGGGGAAAAGACUAUAGUCCCUUGGAAGAGUUUCCGACAGGCCCUUCACGAAGUGCAUCCCAUCAGCUCUGGGCUGGAGGCCAUGGCUCUGAAAUCCACUAUUGAUCUGACCUGCAAUGAUUAUAUUUCAGUUUUUGAAUUUGACAUCUUCACACGACUCUUUCAGCCCUGGUCCUCUUUGCUCAGGAACUGGAACAGUCUUGCCGUAACUCAUCCUGGUUACAUGGCUUUCCUGACAUACGAUGAAGUGAAAGCUCGGCUCCAGAAGUUCAUUCACAAACCGGGCAGUUACAUUUUCCGGCUGAGUUGCACUCGUCUGGGUCAGUGGGCUAUUGGGUAUGUCACUGCUGAUGGGAACAUUCUGCAGACGAUCCCUCACAAUAAACCUCUCUUCCAAGCCCUGAUUGAUGGCUUCAGGGAAGGCUUCUAUCUGUUUCCAGAUGGACGGAAUCAGAAUCCCGACCUGACAGGCUUAUGUGAACCAACUCCCCAAGACCACAUCAAAGUGACCCAGGAACAAUAUGAAUUAUACUGUGAGAUGGGCUCCACCUUCCAGCUGUGUAAAAUAUGCGCUGAAAACGACAAGGAUGUGAAAAUUGAGCCCUGUGGACACCUCAUGUGCACGUCCUGUCUCACAUCCUGGCAGGAAUCCGAAGGCCAGGGCUGUCCUUUCUGCCGAUGUGAAAUUAAAGGUACUGAGCCCAUUGUGGUCGAUCCAUUUGACCCUCGAGGAAGUGGCAGCCUACUGAGGCAAGGAGCCGAGGGAGCUCCCUCCCCAAAUUAUGAGGACGACGAUGAUGAACGAGCUGAUGAUUCUCUCUUUAUGAUGAAGGAACUGGCUGGUGCGAAGGUGGAACGGCCUCCUUCUCCGUUUUCCAUGGCCCCACAAGCUUCCCUUCCCCCAGUGCCACCUCGACUUGACCUUCUGCAACAGCGGGUAUCUCUUCCUGCCAGUGCUUCUGGUCUUGGAACUGCUUCUAAGGUAGCUUCUGGCUCCCUUCAUAAGGACAAACCAUUACCAAUACCUCCCACACUUCGAGAUCUUCCACCACCACCCCCUCCAGACCGGCCAUAUUCUGUUGGAGCAGAAUCCCGGCCACAGAGACGUCCCUUGCCUUGUACACCGGGCGACUGUUCAUCCAGAGACAAACUGCCCCCUGUUCCCUGUGGCCGCCUUGGGGAAUCAUGGCUGCCUCGGCCAAUCCCCAAAGUACCAGUGGUUGCCCCCAACUCUAGUGACCCCUGGACAGGCAGAGAAUUAACCAACAGGCACUCACUCCCAUUUUCCUUGCCCUCACAAAUGGAACCCAGAGCGGAUGUGUCCAGGCUUGGAGGCACAUUCAGCGUGGAUACCUCCAUGAAUGUGAAUAACAACCCAUUAGCAGGUUCAGAGUGCGAACACCCCAAAAUCAAACCUUCUGCAUCGGCCAAUGCCAUUUACUCUCUGGCCGCCCGGCCUCUUCCUGUGCCAAAGCUGCUCCCCGGGGAGCAGUGUGAAAGUGAGGAGGACACGGAGUAUAUGACCCCCUCCUCCAGGCCUCUGGGGCUUCCAAAGCCAGAUGGGAAACGGCCUUUGGAGACCGGCCAGAGUUCACGAGCGUGUGACUGUGACCAGCCGAUUGAUAGCUGUACAUACGAAGCAAUGUAUAAUAUUCAGUCCCAGGCGACGCCAUCAGCCACGGAGAGCAGCUCCUUCGGGGAAGGGAGUCUGGCCACAGGCCAUGGGGGCGCCGGCCCCGAGGGAUCAGAAAAUGAGGAAGACGGCUAUGACGUCCCUAAGCCGCCAGUGCCGGCUGUGCUGGCGCGCCGGACCCUCUCCGACAUCUCUAAUGCCAGCUCCUCUUUUGGCUGGUUGUCUCUGGAAGGCGAGCCCACCACACACUUCACCGAGGGUUCCCAAGUUCCUGAAAGGCCUCCCAAGCCGUUCCCUCGGCGAAUCAACUCAGAACGGAAAGCAGGCAGCUGUCAGCCGGGAGCCGCCGCCACCGCCGCCGCCUCCUCGCCGCAGCUCUCCAGUGAGAUCGAGAGCCUCAUGAGCCAGGGCUACUCCUACCAGGACAUUCAGAAGGCCCUGGUCAUUGCCCACAACAACAUCGAAAUGGCCAAGAACAUCCUCCGGGAAUUUGUUUCUAUCUCGUCUCCUGCCCACGUCGCCACCUAGCAGAGCCCUCCCCGCUGUGGCAUCAGGACCAGUGAGCCGGGCGCUGUCCCCUGGGCGGCCCCUCAGAGGGCAGAGGUUCCUCGGGAGACUUCACAGUGAAGUCUGGCCCUCUCUGGGAUUCCACAUCUGUGGUUCCAAGAUUUCAAAACCGUGGAAUGAACGUGGAGCAGCUAGUGUGUUUUACUUUGCUUUGAGAGUGGAUUUGAAGGUGUCCUUCAGUCCCCAGUUAGAGUGUGGAUUUUUAUUAAAUGGUAGCCUACCCCGGGGGAACAGUCCAGAAAGCGGUGGGAGAAGUAUUGUGGUGUAAAUCUUCAUGGGGGACUUCAGGCUUCCCUGGGUUAAGGAGUGCUUGUGCGUGUGUGUGUGUCUAUCUGUGGUGGCGUGUGUCCUGUGAUUAUAAAAUGAGCCUGCGGUGUGUGUUAAUCCCGGGCAGGGAAUUAGCACAAGAGACGUAGGAAGGAAUGGUCCAGGGACCUCCAUCUACUGUGGUGUGAGACCCCGCCCUGGUGUGUAGUACCGUGCCCUCGAGCUCCCCUGUGGCUUGGAUUACCGUGCGCACAGCUCGAGUCUUGUAUUUUUAGAACACCCUCCCUCUGUCCUUUCCCCUGUUUCUGCCUCCUCCUCCUCGUUGUCUGUCGGCCGCGGGCUUGCUCCGACCAGCCUCACUGAAGCCCAGUGACUUACAGGAUGUUCCUGAUUACGUGUGAUGGUGUUGGUUUGUUUGGUGGAUAGACAGGGCAAGGAAAAGUACUGUUGCUGCAUCAUCACACUCCUGUGUGAUCCUAGCGGCUAACACUGGUCACUCCAAAGCACUGUUUCCAUAGGAACGUUGAUUCUGUGACAAUGAGAUGUUUUAAUUAUCCUAAUGACGUAAUGACUGAUCUGAGAUAGAGGCCUUCAGAUACAUUCCAUGCCCUCCCAGAAGACAGUCUGUGGGAGUCCGUUGCCUUCCUGCCAGGUGUGUGUUCUCAUGUAGGUCACGGGCGUUUGUCCUUACUGGGAAGGGAAGAACAUUUGUUCGCAGUCUGGCUUUCUGGCCUGUAUGCCACCAAACUUUCAGGAGCUUCCUUUUCAUGCUCUUGCCCUUGUUAUGCAGAAGAUGCACAAAAUAGAUAGGAUUCAUCAGUUUGGUUUUUCUUCCCAGUGAGUCAGUUCCAACUUGUGUGGGCACCUCCCUUGGAACGUGAGCCAGGUUAUACUUUCAGAAGAGGCUUUUGUCCUUGCCCUUGAAGGGGAGGGGAUGGCACCCUUGGUAGCACAGCAUUUUGCUGGUAAUUAGCACCAGUCCUCCCCUGGCACCACCAACGAUGUGGUUUUCUCUUUUGCCCGCGGCUUUGGGAACGGAGCAUCUCUUCCCCUCUUCUCGCCACACUGGUCCUCUGUGCUCUUCACAGACCUCAUUCUCUAUAGUAAUGACAGGUCCCAAAGUGCGACAAACACCUUCGCGGGGGGGGGGGGGGGGGGGGGGGGGAGGUCAGAGAUGGGACGAAAAGCCCAGCAGCUGGUGUGCGUGAGGGUUUGUGAGGAAGAUUCGGAGUCCAGCGUGGGGGGCCUUGAAUCGAUUCCGGUAAGGUAAUGCGAAAUGAGCCCCGGUCAGCCAGUGCUCUGGCCGGUCUUUGCUGACUUCCCUAGCAGACCGUACCCUCCUGUGCAGCAGAAGCAAACCUGCUCUUUGAUACAUCUGCCCUCCUCAAAGUUAAAUCAUGCUUUUGUCUUUAGAUCCAGACAGAAAUGAAUCUCUCGAGGUCCAUUUUCUUUACCGUGUUUCCGUCUGUGGAUUCUUCUCUCAUUCCGUCCUGAUUCUUCUCUUUGCUUUCGGCUCUUCCUAGACCUUUUGGCUUUAUGCUCUUGGCUCAGAGCCAUUUACAUUCCCAGGGUAGAUGGUACUGGACCUCUUGUCGAUAGGCUCUGGCCCCCCAGUGUCUGCUCAGCGUGGCCGGGAGCAGCAGCCCUGCCCGGGCGCACCUGGGAGCGGGACAGUGGCAGUCACUGGGAAGCAGUGACCUAGCGUCUCCUUCUAAGAGCGAGUAAGGAGCCUGUUUGAUUUGUGGUUAACACUCAGUUUGCUUUUUGUUUAGAUGCUGAAGAGUCAGGCAAAGAACUAGGGAAGAUGGCAGCAUUUUCCCUACCUGUCCACACUGGAGGUUUUCCUUGUCUGCAGACCUCGUCCACAGUCUGAAGGUGUGUCAGGAGAACAGAGCCCUGGUUCUGUAUAUCUCUUGCCUGUUCGGUGUAUCCCACAUCUUCUCUGGAGAGUCUUUCCUUACUCAUAUAGGCCAAGGGCAGGUUCGUCCCUUUUUUCCUAAUUGAGUACCUCCGUGCCUCCUGGGGUGGGUCCUGAGACUGGGCUGUCAAGACCCUAAGGUCAGACAUAUGCAUCGGUGACUGGCUUGCUGGGUGGCUGUGCGCUGCGGGCCUGGGCUUCCCACGUGUUAGACCGUUCUGGGAGGUUUGCUCUCUUUGGGUGCUCUGAGGACAAACCUCAACCAUGCCUGAGACCGCCAUCGUCCCCUCAGGAAAGUUUCCACGUGGGCAUUUGUCUUGAGGGGACUUCCAGAACUUCAAUUUCUUCACUUUUCCUUGGACUAAGGCACAAAUAACCCUUCUUCAUCUUCCGGUUGUAUGGCAGUUUCUAAUUCUGUGCUCUGCUCGGAAUUUAAAAUUGCCCUUUCAGAAGUGGACUCUGAGUUCUGCCAGUUUGGGCAGACCCCUCCCCUCUCUCCCUCCGAAUUCAGGGUGGUUCCUUCUCUGGUCCCUUCCCAGGAGGAUGAGGUAAAAGCACUUAGGGGUUUUGUCAGAUGCAUUAGGUUCUUCUCUUCAGUGCGGUCUCCUGCUUUUCCUCUGUCUUUCUGGCUUGGUCUACGCAAUCUGCCUCGUCGUCGUCUGGGGUCUGCUCGGCAGUAGGUCAUCCGCUGCCCCUGCCAGGCUCCUUCCGCUCAGGUAAAGGGUUCUCAAGUGGGAAGACCUGUGGGCUCUGUGAUAUACCUCCCUUGAAGAAAUGAAGAGAUUGGGCAGUUUCUCGUCUCAGUGUUUACCUGUUAAUGUAAAUAGUGCUCUGUACCUGUGGAUGGCCAUUCUCCUCCCCUGGCCCUCUGGCCCCCCACAGCCCCCCCCCCCCACACUCUGCCCUUCUGUUCUCUUACCCACAUAGCCCCAGGGCCCAGGAUGGGGGAGAGUGCUCCUUCUAUCAGUUAGCUGUUCUGUGGAUUAAAAUUUUUGGAAGGGAGUCGCUAUUCUUCAUACUUAAAAGUAUUUAUUUUCUCUGUAGAAAAGUAAAAUAUAACCCAUGGUCCACACAGCAAACAUACAAAUGAGUUUUUGUAAAUUUGCUAGCAGAGUAGGGACCAAGCUCUGUGUUCCCUUUAAGGCACCAUUAACAAGAUCCGCACCUUUUUUGGGUGGUCGGUGCAGGUGUUGAUGCAGAAUAUUUUCCUACCUCACGUCGUGACAGUCAGGGUUACAGACCUUCCUAAACUGCGACUUUCCCUUCCUGCCAUUGGCUUCUCUGACUCCAGUGGCCCCUGGCCUGGAAAGAGCGGCCUUUGGACCACUGGCCCCGCUGUGUACCCGUUAGCCUGUUCGUUUGGCAGAUGUGAGUGACUCCCAGGUGCCAGCAGUGCCAGCUCCGCGCUCUUCCCUCCCACCACGUGCAGAUUUCCCGAUGCCCGUAUAUUGUACUUGCUGGCUCACCUUUCCCUUUGGCCCUGGGAUUGCCCUUCCUGGAAGAGCGUGCAGUGUGUAUUCACAGCUCUUUUCAUGGAGCCAUGGGUUUCCUUGUAGAACUGUCCUGCGUAAAAGCAAUUCAGGGCUCUCCCAUGAACCCCCUGUUGUCUUCCCAGAGCCUUGAUGACGAGAUUCGGCAGCGGUCUUCUGGGUACCCGCCGGCUUGGAUGCGUUUCAGUGGAAUCUUUGUGGUGGGUUGAGGAGCAUAUUGGCUCAGAGUUGCCAAGUAGGGCAGUUAAAUGUUUAAGCAAGGCAUUUGCCCACAGUCCCCCUCUCCAGUCUAGUGCCUUCCUUGAUCUUUUUACUGAACUGCUUGGAGUCCCUAAUCCCCCUUGUUGUGAAGUUUUCUUGUCACCCUCGUGGGACCCCCCCCAUUUCCCAUUCUCUUUGGGACUUGGCCCCCAGUCCUUCAACGACCUUUGCAGCUAAUUCUGUGUCCUAGAAGGGCUGGAGGUGUGGGAGAUGACGGUUGGAGUGUUGGAGACCCAACAUCAGGGUCCUGGUCUUGCACGGAUGUAUGUGCUCUCCCAAGAGCCAGGCAGUAAAUUAGAUGGAACUCAGUCAUUUCGCAGAAAUGCCAGCCUUUCCCUCCCGGCGUAGGAAGCUCAGGACCCUAGAACUUUGCAUCAGGGUGCACACGUCAGCAUGAAGGGGUCCUCGCACCACUUUAACCUCAGCCUGUGUCGCGGUCUUUAUUUACAAAUGCAUCAGGCCAUUUGUGCAUGGCGGAGGGUGCAUAGGGAAAGGAGGUCACAGUCUUGUAUCAUUGACUGUCCUGUUUAGGAAUCCUUCAGAUGCAAGAAAUCGGUAUCCAGGCUAAAGAAAGAAGAGAAUCCUUUGGAUGCAGUGUAUUUCACAGACCCCAGCAUGGGAAGCGCAUCGGGUUUUUGCAUGGAGCUGGGACUGUCGGAAUUUGCACCUAGUCCUUUCUCCUGCUUGUCACACCCCGGACUAGACACCCCAUUGCCCAGGUCCACACCACCUCCCGGCUCUUGAGAUCACCGUGCACAGCUUCCCAGUACCUCUUAAUUCCUAUUCUAAAGAAAAAAUACAGUCAGCCCAGCAUGUUGCUCGGCUUUCUACCCUCAUUGGUCAGCCUGGUGCAGGGGGCGGGGGGGGGGGGGAGCGACAGUGGCCUAUCCCCUUGGGUGGGAGUUGGGGUGGGGGGUGUGCUCUCCGAGAAGAGGCUUCAGACAGGAUAAAUACCUUAGAAGUAUUUUAGUAGCAAAACUGCUGUCCUGCUGCCCCCCCACCCCCGCUUUUUUGAGAGUGGAAAGGCAGGACACAGGACUGUAUCUGGACAUGGAGGAAAUUCUUAGGUUUCGCUUAAUUUGGGCUUCUGUCAUCUUUGUUGCUUUAUUUCCUGUUUUAAUUCCCUUUACCAGUCUUGGCAUCCAAGAUUUCUUACCUCCCUCUUCAGGACCAGUUUCUCCUGCUCCGGAGCUAGUCUGUUCUUGGGUGACAUUUCUUUACCUUCAUUCAAUCUCAGGUUUUUAGCCUUCUUUCGUGCUUAGAGAGCAGAUCACAAAUCCCACUGUCGCCACCCAUGGACUUCUGGGCUCUCCUCAGGUUUUAACGCUGAAAAUAUAUUCGUUUUGUGGGCCUGUGGCCCGUGCCCCUCCCUGCCCGCCUCCUCACCCUUGCAUUUUGUCUUUGCCUUGUGAGGAGAGCUCUGCACUAGUAGCUGUAGACAGGCCUUCCGAGGUACCUCAGAAGCUACUUUCCUGUAGCCAGCAAGAGUAUCUGGUGGCUGGGACAGUUGCCAGGACAGAAAUCAGAUGUAGAUGUCAGCUCGGAGGAGUUUUGACUGAGAGCUCUUUAGACCAGAAACCCUUGUCUUCCCCAUCCGUCGGCUUGCUUUGUGGUCCCCUAUCAAAGCCUUUAAUUUUUUGGAGUUUGACACAACUGCUUCUGCUUGCUUAAGUGUUUUGAUCUUACUUACCUCAUCCUGGGGCCUGUCCCAUGUUAGUAAGGCAUUUCAUAAUUACUUGUAACUUUUUUUAAACUGUUGGAGUCAUUUGGAAUACACAGAAGUAACCUAGUAAUCCAAAGAUACACAUUGAGGCACGUGACGAAGGGUGGGGUCGUUAGCCUUUACAUUUGAUACUCUGGGUUCGGCUCCAGAAUUAAGGACCAGAGGGACAGCAACGCCAUGUGCCUGUGUCCAAGGAAAUCUGGGUUGGUCUCAAAGGGGAGUACCAGUGUUUUUUGGUUCUAAUAAGUACCCCGAUGAAGACGUGGGGCGGUAGGGACGGAAAGAGCGAGCGCUGCUUGGAGGCUCGUUCACGUUCAGAUGGGAAGGUCAGCCCUUCCGAAGGGCCAGCUGUUCACCCGGAGUAGCAGCUGUCUGCAGCUCUCCCUGCCCCUUCCCCUGGGUCGUGCUUGAGAAAAAUGUGGCGGACCACUCCCUCUUUUUGUACAGGGCCAAGGCUGAAAGCCAAACUCCGCUCUCCUACUGAUUAGCAGCCAAACAGAUCAGCAGAGUUGUGAUCACCCGGCUCCGUAUUCCUGACUUCUUCCUGCAGGGAACGAGAGGGGCACCUCUCUUUUGCCUCACAAGUUCUCCUUCCACCCCUGCACCAGACUGGGAGACCAGGUUGGGGGGCUGGGGUGUGCUCAGGACAAGCCCCGUGUGACUCCUCAGGCCUGGCCCUGCCUCCUGCUCAGCCCCACCAGGAGGACGGGCCGGGGGUUUGAGGUGGGGUGGAGAGGAUGGUGUGCAGGCCAGGCUGUGUGCCCCCACUUGGUGCCCUGAAGUCCGUGUGUGUCGCUCCCUCCUCCCUACCUACCUCUGACCCUGUUGUGGAUGAGGGUGGCCGUGCUCAUGGCUGUCUGGAAACUGAAGAGGCAGAGACCUAUUAAGGAAUCUGUAGACCACAUGUUUUCUCUUCCUUGGCUUCUUUCUUCUGCUGUCUGGGUAAGCCUGUAGGCACAGUGCCCGGGAGAGCGGAUGCCUCCCGACCUGCCUGUCUCCGUGUCGUGGCCUUGACCUCCUGCUGAAACAUGUGGUAGAGGCAUGGCAGCUAAGAGGUACCGCCUACAUGUGCUUUCUGGCUGUGGUGACUUGGGAUUUUUAACCUUAUGUAUCUUUUUCCUUUAUUCAAAACAGAACAAUUUUUAGCACACUGAAAAAAAAAAA